GCCGGUAGCGUAGCGCGGUGUCUGACGCGCGGGCCUCCGCGACGCACUUAGCGCAGCCGGCUUUGGUGAAUACACGAUUUGGUGCAGCCGGGGUUUGGUACCGAGCGGAGAGGAGAUGCACACGGCACUCGAGUGUGAGGAAAAAUAGAAAUGAAGGUACAUAUGCAUACAAAAUUUUGCCUCAUUUGUUUGCUGACAUUUAUUUUCCAUCACUGCAACCAUUGCCAUGAAGAACAUGACCAUGGUUCUGAGGAACAUCACAGACAUCGUCGUGGAAUGACAGAAUCGGAGUCAAGCAAAUUUUCAGUGCUGGAUGCUGAAAAUGAAAAAAAAUAUUAUAUUGAAAAACUUUUUGACCGUUACGGUGAAAAUGGAAGAUUAUCCUUUUUUGGUCUGGAGAAACUUUUAACAAACUUGGGCCUUGGAGAGAUAAAAGUAGUUGAGAUUAAUCAUGAGGAUCUUGGCCACGAUCAUGUUUCUCACUUAGAUAUUUUGGCAGUUCAAGAGGGAAAGCAUUUUCACUCCCAUAACCACCAGCAUUCCCACAAUCAUUUGAAUUCAGAAAAUCAAACUGUGACUAGCGUAUCAACAAAAAGAACCCAUAAGUGUGAUCCAGAGAAAGAGACAAUUGAAGUAUCUGUCAAAUCGGAUGAUAAACAUAUGCAUGACCAUAGUCAUCGCUUAUGUCAUCACCAUUGUUUGCAUCAUCACCUCGAUCAUAACGGCACUCGCCAUUUUCCUAAUGAUUCCAUUGCUCACAGUGAGCGUGGGGAGACUAGCCAUGAACCUUCAACAGAGACCAAUAAAACACAGGAACAGUCUGAAAGUAAGCUACCGAAAGGAAAGAGGAAGAGAAAAGGGAAGAAAAGUAAUGAAAAUUCUGAGGUUAUUACACCAGGUUUUCCACCCAACCAUGUUCAGGGUGAACAGUAUGAGCAUAAUCGGGUCCACAAACCUGAUCGUGUACAUAACCCAGGUCAUUCUCAUGUACGCCUUCCAGAACAUAAUGGUCAUGAUCCUGGUCAUGUACACCAAGAUCUUAAUCCUGAUAAUGAAGGUGAACUUCGACAUACUAGAAAGCGAGAAGCACCACACGUUAAAAAAAGUGCAAUUUAUUCAGCUGCUACUCACAAAGAUCAUAAUGAAGAUGACCGUCAGCAUGAGUGUUUGAACGUCACUCAGUUGUUAAAAUACUAUGGUCAUGGUGCCAAUUCUCCAAUCUCACCUGAUUUAUUCACGUAUCUUUGCCCUGCUUUAUUAUAUCAAAUCGACAGCAGACUUUGUAUCGAACAUUUUGACAAACUUUUAGUUGAAGAUUUAAGUAAGGAUAAGAAUCAGGAUCCUGAAGAUAAGGCAAAUAUAGGGGCAUCAGCAUGGAUUUGUGGUAUCAUUUCUAUCACUGUCAUUAGCCUGCUUUCCUUGCUAGGCGUGAUCUUGGUUCCCAUCAUUAACCAAGGAUGCUUCAAAUUUCUUCUCACAUUCCUUGUUGCACUAGCUGUAGGAACAAUGAGCGGAGAUGCCCUUCUUCAUCUACUGCCCCAUUCUCAGGGUGGACAUGAUCACAGUCAUCAACACGGGCACGGGCAUUCUCACGGACACGAAUCUAAGGAGUUUUUGGAGGAGUACGAUGCUGUAUUGAAAGGACUGGUCGCUCUAGGAGGCGUCUACUUAUUGUUUAUCAUUGAGCACUGCAUUAGAAUGUUUAAGCACUACAAACAGCGGAGAGGAAAACAGAAGUGGUUUAUGAAGCAGAACACAGAAGAAUCAACUAUUGGAAGGAAGCUUUCAGAUCACAAGUCAAAUAACACACCAGAUGCUGACUGGCUUCAGCUCAGGCCUCUUGCCGGAACUGAUGACUCGGUCGUUUCCGAAGAUCGACUUAAUGAGACUGAACUGACAGAUUUAGAAGGUCAACAGGAAUCUUCUCCUAAAAAUUAUCGUUGUGUGGACGAGGAGAAAAUCAUGGACCAUUCUCACAGCGAUGGGUUACAUACCGUUCACGAGCACGACCUCCACGCCGCUGCCCACAACCACCACGACGAGAGUAAAACUGUGCUGCGGAAACACAACCAUCAGUGGCACCACAAACACUCUCAUCAUUCUCACGGGCCCUGUCACUCCGGAGCUGACCUGAAAGAAACGGGGAUAGCUAAUAUAGCCUGGAUGGUGAUCAUGGGGGACGGCAUCCACAACUUCAGUGACGGCUUAGCAAUUGGAGCAGCUUUCAGCGCCGGACUGACGGGAGGAAUCAGCACCUCCAUCGCCGUCUUCUGUCAUGAGCUGCCGCACGAGUUAGGUGAUUUUGCAGUUCUUCUGAAGGCGGGCAUGACUGUGAAGCAGGCCAUCGUCUACAACCUCCUCUCCGCCAUGAUGGCCUACGUAGGCAUGCUCAUCGGCACGGCCGUGGGCCAGUACGCCAACAACAUCACCCUGUGGAUCUUCGCCAUCACUGCCGGCAUGUUCCUCUAUGUAGCCUUGGUGGAUAUGCUUCCAGAAAUGUUGCAUGGUGAUGGUGACAAUGAAGAACACGGCUUUUGUCCCGUGGGGCAGUUCAUUCUUCAGAAUUUAGGAUUGCUGUUCGGCUUUGCCAUUAUGCUGGUGAUCGCCCUCUAUGAAGACAAAAUUGUGUUUGACCUCCAGUUUUAACCAUUCCCAGUAAUCACUGUGGAUUACGAGAAUGUUACCAUGCAGCUUUGCAUCUGCCCCUAGUACUGUAUGCACAUCGCUCAAAGAAAAGUCAGUGGCUUGCACUUACUUCCAAGUUCCAUAGAUUUGAGCUGAACCACACAAGACUGGUGGUCAGGACUGCUUUUCCCUGUGCGAAGGGGUCUUUUAAAAAUACAAAGCUUGUGAUAAAGAGAGGAGAAAAUGGGACUCCAAGAACCAAUGUUGACAUAGGUUUGAUUAAGACUUUUAAAAAAAUAAUCAUAUAAAACACUAAAGUAGUCUCUUUGGUAGUAGAAACUUCUGUGGCUAUGCAGAAAUAGAAAUUGAACCAAAAAUCACUUAAACUUUAAAAAUAUUUUAAAUGGACUUCGGGCAGACUUUUCUUUGUGCUAAAAAUGAAUUGUAGUGUCCUUUAAUUCAGUUACAUAUAUGCAUAAGGUAAUGGGGAUCAACUUGAUACAAUUUUGAAACUGCGUAAAGUAGGCUGUAGGAACUAGAGGAGAGCUCAGGCUGUGUUAGAGUAUGAAUUUAGCAUUGGGAAAAGCCCUUAUUCUUGAAUCUAGAGUUACUAUUUUUGUAUAUAUUGCCAUAGUGUUUAAACUUGCAGCCUAAACUACUGAACUUUGUGAUUGUAUGUUUGUGUGAGCUUCAGUUUAAUGAAAGAUUCAUAACGGUUCUUUGUAUUAAUAUUAUACUUGGUGUUUGGGUGUUUUUUCUUUCAAACUUCAGUUUUGUUUUUGUUUUGGGAUUUUUGGUGGGGGUAGGGAGUUGGAGCAUGUGGUUAAUUUUUUUUUUUUUUUUUUUUUUUUGGUUAAAAGUGUAACCCUCUAGGAAAUACCAGAAAAAAAGAACCCAAACAUGGUCGAAAUAUUCAGCUUUCCUAUUUUAACAGUACUAGCCAGUUACUGGGGAAGUUGACGUUCUAAACGUAUGCGUUGCUUUACCAGUUUGGUUUGGGAACCUAGAGCACAUGCUGCGCUUGGCAGGAAGGGAAGGCAGAAAACCCACGUUCACGGCGUCCGUGGUCUCUGCGUGUCGAUGGAAGCGGCUCGGACGGCGACCUCCGCUGAUGCCACGGGCUGUCGUGAAUCCACGCGACUCGGGAGACACCCUUACGCGACAGCCAAAGUCACGUGAUCGUUGUGCCAAGAUACGCUGUCGGUGCCUGCUAGGGACUCGCCUCACUUAGAGGUGCCCUGUUCCAGCAUAACUGAGCGAUUUGUGAGAAGCGCAAGCCAUGUUUAUCCUGAAUUGUGACCUGUAAUUCGUAGCACGAGUCCCCCUGCAUGUGGCUUUCGUUUCCAUCUUGUGCCUCACGGUCUUCAUGUGUGCCCGGGAAGCUGGGUGUGGACUGUGUGCGGGCAGCUUUGUUUCAGUCGCUUGGCUACCGCUGCAGCUGAUUUCAGAAUCUUACUGUUCAACUACUUAAGAGCCAAACUCCUUCCAUUCCGUGUAAAGUGUUUGCAUUUAGCUCGCCUCCUCUCCUCCGCUCCUUUCCUCUUAGCGAACCUACAGAAAUAAAACUUGGAGAGCUGCGCCUGUGCCCGGGUAGUCAGAGUCUUGCCAGUGUUUCUCCUUGGUGCUGUAAGCAAGGAAGCUUAGGUGUGCUUUUCUGAAUUUAUGCCUGAAUUUGACACAUUAUUUCUGGCUUUCUCCAUGGCCUCCUGGAAUAAGUAGGAGUUUUUUACCUAGAAUAUUUUCAGCGUUGGGCACUGAAUGAGCACAGCCCUCAGCUCACUGCUUGGCCCUUCAAGCAACCCCGCUACAAGGUGCUGAUAUUUGAUUGAGUACUGCCAACUUCAAGUGAUUAAGAUAUCUUGCUUUCUGAACCAAGAUAUAUUUCUAGUUCCUUUUUGCAUUUUUAUACCCAAGGAGGAUUCUGCAUUCCAGCAUUAAAUCUGCUUAAUUUUAAAACUUUCAUGAAAAGCAACAGUGGGAAGAUGUUCCCAGUCUUACAGGUCUGGUUUAAAGCAAGCAAGUUCUGCUGAAGUAUAUAAAGUUUUAUAUUCUCUAAAAAAUGGUAUUCUCUUCAUUUGCUAGAUUUUUUUAACCUAUUAAGAGGGCUGUAACAGUUGCUGCUAGUAUUUUGUUAGGGUUCCACCAGUAUUUAGUUUCCACAUCGUUCUAGUGUAUAGUUUCAAGUCUUACUAGACAAUCUGAAUUCCACAACAUUUCUGUUUGGCUCCAACAUUCCAUUUAGCUUGACCAGUCUGAUUUAACGUGUGUUUGUUGGAGGUCAUUCAUGUUACUUGUACAAUGCUGUCACUGUGUGACAUCCAUAUGAAUUUUGGUGUAUAUCACAUUGCAUUCAAUCAGCUGUGAUUAUGCGUAGAAAUACUAUAGUAACUAGAUGCAGUGUGAAUUUUUUCCAUUAACUACGUCAGUGGCUUAAAUAUGAUUAUGGUCCUGCAAGGUGAUACUUGCUAAAAUAUCUAAACUUUGUUUUGUUGUAACUGAAUCAUUUUUAAAAAAUUUAUAAAGCUGGAAAUGAUCCAAUGCUGUUUUUUUUUUUUCAUUGUCAACAGUGGUGUGUCAUUUUAUGUAUGUUCCUGAUGCUUAUGGAACUCUCCCAAAAUAAAGUUAUUCAAAAAGAGCAAAUACA